CAACAAAAGAUUCCAAAUGUCUAUACAUCCUAAGUUUUUAGCCUUCUCUAAUAUGCUUGACAUGCACAUUUUGUUGUUAUAUACUUGCCCUUCCCUCCCAAUUAACUCGCCAUUGUACUCUUCUUUCACAUUUCUCAUACUGCAGCAAAAAUUUUCUUAUAUGGAAGCCAAACUAUUUUCUCAAAGCAGGAGCCUUGUAGACACGGCUUCAAGGCCGAAACAUAAACCGGGAUGUUCUCCUAUUCUAGCAGUGCUGGCGAGGCCAGCGGAAAACAUAGCUAGAACGGCAGAGAAGUUGAUAUUAAAAUCGGCAGAAGGCAGAACUGAGGUAGCACCAAAAACCAGUGUCCAUAAUGAUAACUGGUUUGAUCUAUUGGCCAUUAACCAUCUAUCCCAGUGUCUCCAAAUCGCAACAGGACUGAAGAGCAGGAAGAGUGGGUAUCAGAGCUUGGUGGAGACAACAGCAAUAAUGUCAAAGAAAUUUAAUUCUCACAGACAGCAGGAGCUAGUCAUUCAAGCUCUUGACAGUGCCAUCCCCAAGAUAAUUCUAAACAUGAUAAAAACAUUGCUGCCGCAAUCUCAAUUCACAAGGGAAUAUUUCGCCGCCUUCACCACAGUGUUUUUCUCUUGGCUUGUCGGACCCUCUGAGGUCAGGGAAUCAGAGCUCAAUGGCAGAAAAGAAAAGAAUGUAGUCCAUAUAAAAAAGUGCAGGUUUCUAGAGCAGAGCAAUUGCGUAGGAAUGUGCAUCAAUCUAUGCAAGAUGCCAUCUCAAGCCUUCAUUAAGGAUUCCCUGGGAAUGCCUAUCAACAUGGUGCCGAAUUUUGAUGAUAUGAGCUGCGAGAUGAUUUUCGGUCAGGAUCCUCCAGCAUCAAAGGACGAUCCAGCACUCAAGCAGCCAUGCUACAAAUUGUGUAAUAAUUUAUUUAAACUGCCCUUUCACCUAUAUCUCCAUCUUUUAUUUACUCCAGAUCCUCAGUAUAUCAAUGUGGUGCAUAGUACAACCUCUUUAGGUCCUCCAACUUGCCCAACUCAAGGCUGUAGGGCAAACCAAAAGCACACGGUGAAGUGCUCUAGUUAA